AUGAAACAUGGUUGGGCUCUGAUCUGCAUCUUUGGAAAAUACUUCCACCACCCUGAUCACAUCCAUCUGGCUUACGGCUAUUUGACAUUUCUGAAGAGUUGUGCUGCAGAAGAAGCUUGUGAUCAUCUCUGUAAAGCUCUAGAUGUGAAUCCAUUACUGCUGAAAGAACUCAAUCUGAGUCACAAUAAACUGGGAGAUCUGGAUGGAGAGAAACUCUCGGCUCUAUUGAUGGACUCUCACAGCAAAGUGACUAAAAUCAUAUUGAAUGAUUGUGAGCUGACAGAGAAUCAGUGUUCAGCUCUAGCUGCUGUUCUCUCCUGUAAAACCCUCGUGAAGGAGAUGAAUCUGAGCAACAGUCCACUGAUGGAUUCAGGACUCAAACACAUCUGUGACCAACUCAAGAAUCCUCAGUGUCAACUCCAGAUACUCAAUGUGUCAGAGUGCAGUAUUGGAGAAGAAGGUUAUAAAUGUUUAUAUUCAGCUGUGAGAUCAAACCCUGAAUCACAUCUGAUAGAGCUGGAUCUCAGAGGAAAUGAUCCUGGAGAAACAGGAGUCAAACUCAUCUAUCAGUUACUACACGAUCACAACUGUGAGCUCAACACUGUCAGAUUUCUGAAGAGUUGUGCUGCAGAAGAAGCUUGUGAUCAUCUCUGUAAAGCUCUAGAUGUGAAUCCAUUACUGCUGAAAGAACUCAAUCUGAGUCACAAUAAACUGGGAGAUCUGGAUGGAGAGAAACUCUCGGCUCUAUUGAUGGACUCUCACAGCAAAGUGACUAAAAUCAUAUUGAAUGAUUGUGAGCUGACAGAGAAUCAGUGUUCAGCUCUAGCUGCUGUUCUCUCCUGUAAAACCCUCGUGAAGGAGAUGAAUCUGAGCAACAGUCCACUGAUGGAUUCAGGACUCAAACACAUCUGUGACCAACUCAAGAAUCCUCAGUGUCAACUCCAGAUACUCAAUGUGUCCGAGUGCCGUAUUGGAGAAGAAGGUUAUAAAUGUUUAUGUUCAGCUGUGAGAUCAAACCCUGAAUCACAUCUGAUAGAGCUGGAUCUCAGAGGAAAUGAUCCUGGAGAAACAGGAGUCAAACUCAUCUAUCAGUUAAUAGAAGAUCACAAGUGUAAACUCAACACUGUCAGGUUCUUGAAAAGUGAUGCUGCAGUUGAAGCCUUUGAGUAUCUGAAGAACAUUCUUCAUAUAAAUCCUUUACUCCAGAGAGAAGUGAAUCUGAGUGAUCAUAAACUAGACGAGUCAAGAGUGAAUCAGAUCUGUGAUCUACUGAAGGACAAACACUGUCGCAUCAACACACUUAUGUGA